UAAAGAAUAUUACCUUGAAUCAGACAUCAUCGCGACAAUGGAACGAUUUUGCAAUACACGUGUUGGUGAUGUUGAAGUAACUCGAGUUACGCCCAAAUUACGUCAGCAAGUUUAUGUUGCGCUUGGUACUCGAGGGUUUAGCGAUAUCAAAAGAUACAAACGGUUUGAAAAUUUAUCCCCUGCAAAGGUCUUACCAGUUUAUGUUGUAGGUCGCAAAAUCAAAAAAACCAUCAACGGAACAAAAUCAGCAGAAAAUAAUCAAUUAGAUCAAGAAGAAUCAAAUGAUAAAAAUGAUAAAUCUCCGCCACAUCAAUUUUACUCGGAUGAAUCGGAUUAUUAUUAUCCUACUGAAGCAACAAAUGAUGGAACUUAUUACUGA